CUCAGACCAACACGGAAGCAACAGGACACACGUCUGCGAGAAUCACUCCCGACACCUCAGCCUUUCAUCCCUGAUUCAGUGACAUUACGAGGUCAGUUUUUGUUUAUUGGGCUGUUUGUUGCCCUGAUGUUUUAACGUAACAGUCGACCAGUGAUGGAUUGUUCCUGACUCUGCGUUUGAUAAGAGACAGGUGCACAAAGUUUUAAUCAGAAUGGGAAGAGGGACAAACUGUAGCUGGAUCGAGCCUGAGAUUCCUCUGUCCUCACAAUUCUUCAGUGCUAUUAAAGGUGAGCUGUGGCUCUUCCUCAUCCCGGCCGGCCUCGCUGUUAUUCUCCUGGCCGUGUUUCUGGAGGAGUUGGGCUUCAUCCUACGUCAAAUUCCCUCAUCCCGACGGAAACGGCUUUACCUUUGGAUAUUAGGAAUGUAUCCGGUUUUCACCUUCACCUCCCUCAUAGCGCUGUAUGUGCCACGCUCUUCCUCCCUGUGUAAUUUCAUUGCUUCACUGUAUCACUCCAUCACCCUGCUGAAGUUCAUGGAUCUGAUCACAGAUUUCUUUGGAGGGAAAGCUCGUAUGCUUGCUGUGCUGUCUGGACAGAAGGUGUCUCCAGAUCCUUUCCCCUGUUGCUGCUGCUGCUGUCUCCCACUGGUGGCCAUCAAUAGCAGCAGCCGGGGCUGGAUGAUGUUUGCUGUGCUGCAGCUCUCUGUUGUCCGCAGCAUCCUGUUCUUUGUCACUCUGGUGCUGUGGACGGACGAACGGUACAACUACGGCGACGUUGAUUCAGUUGACCCUAACCUGUAUGUGAACGGUAUCAUCGGAGUGUCAACGUUUGUGUCCUUCUAUGGCCACCUGCUGUUUUACAAAGCAACUAAGAGCGCUCUCCAUGGUUAUGGACUGAGAGCCAAGUUCAUCUGUGUCAUCAUGGUGUUGGUGCUCUGUGGAUUGCAGAAUAGCAUCUUAGAGACCAUGGGUGCUCUGGAGGUCAUCCCCUGCACACCACCCUUCUCUGACCUGACCAGGUCUCAGUUGAUCUACCACUACUGUGUGAUUGUGGAGAUGUUCUGCAUUGGCCGGUACGCCCGCCAUACUUUCCGUAAGUUGGAGCCGAGCGCGGUGCCGGAUGUGGAGCGGCCAUUCAGUGUCUGGCAGGAGGAAAAAGCAGUUCAAACAGAUGAGGUGCAGCCGGUGCGUCAGAAGCUUGCCGUGUCCUCAGAGGAGUCUUGGCCUGGCCACUGCUGUGUCAGUGCCUCCAAUCCAAGUUACAACAGUGACGGUGAGGAUACUCUCUGCAGGAUAGAGCAUGCACCUCUGGAUGGUUUCCCCUUCCCUCAGGCCAGAGCUCAGAAGCCAGGCAGAGCCAAGUCACUGGAGCCCAAAUCUGCAGAGGAACCGGGAGUAGAUUUGACCCACAUUACAAUCAGAGCUGACAUUAACUGUCAGGACUGUAAGGGUGACACUGUGGUUUGAACAACUAUGGAGGACCUGUACCAGCACAGUCUUGAGGCAGUGCUGGUAAGCCAGUAUCAGCAUCCCGAUAGCUGGCACUGUCUGUGUCUCUGAGGCCUUAUGUGAAGGACUGUGCUACGAUAAACAACUGAUACAUCGCCCUCUUCCUCCACAUGGUGAAAAUUCACAGAUAUAUUUUGUUUUACUGUACAAACUGUUACAAACUGUUACACUGCUUCCACACACACACACAUCUUUAAUUACAGAUAAGCGGAUACAAUACUCAGUCUGAUACUGGUCAAAAUCAAUGGAUCCAAUAUCACAAACACCUUACAUCUUAUAUGAUACAAAACCCCCAAAACAUAAAAUCACAUGAAUGCUUCACUAAGCACAGACUGUAAAAUGUGGGCUAUUUAUAUAUUCUUUAUAAAAGCAAAAUAUUUGUUACAUAGUUAAAACCCUAUGUUUUCAAAAUGG